AUUAGUGGGAACGCACGAAAUCACGAACGAUAGCCAAUCGCUAGGCCCUGAAGGUGCCACACAUCACCAGUUCGUUAUCUGACACGGACACACGCACACAUACACACGGACAAACAGCGACACAUACGGCAGUGGCAGCAACCUCACGCAGCAGGAGGGGGUUCAGGGUACAGGAUUUCCCCUGUCAUGGCGGAUUCGUGCGAGUGAAACCCGAUUUUCUUGUCCCGACUUUUCACCAUCGAUCUCACAGCACACACACACACACACUCUCAAACAGUGCGUGAGUGCGUGCGGACGUGCACGUCGGAAAGGUGAAGAGAAAGGAGAGAGCGCACGGUGUGGUGGUGCGCGGCAAGAGACAGCGGACCGAACUUACAGUGCCUGCCUGCCCCAUAGAGGUGUGUACAGUGUGUGUGCGCGCGCGAUCCGUCGUGUGGUAGCAGCAGCACGCGGGACAACCAUUAUUACACAAUCGCCUGAAACGUAGCGUGGACGACGACCACGACGACGACCAUCGUCGUCAUUUGUGCGUGUGUGAGUUGGCAAGAUAGAGGCGCAAAAGGGGGUGUGCAGGUUUAGUGAACGCGUGGUCACGCAAGCGGCCAGAAUUCCGUACGCCACCCGUUUGUGAGGUGUGGGUUGGUUUCGGGUUAUUUCGUCCAAAGUGAAGUUGCAGUAGCCCAACAGCAUCAGCAGCAGCAAAGCAAGCGGAGGAAGAAGGUGGAAGUGCGUUUUCCAUCUGGUGUGUACAGCAGGCAAAAGUAGGCGCUAAAGUGUAAAAAGGAGAGCGAGAAAAACACACACACAUACACGCAUUAGCAGGCACGCUUCAAACCAACACUCACACACACACACAGACGCGCAGUCAUGUUCAUCAACAACACGGAAGCGCUGAAGGUAUGGCUGACGGCGGUGCUGGAACCGCUGUGCGAUGCGGAUCCGGCCGCCCUCGCCCGGUACGUGCUGGCGCUGCUGAAGAAGGACAAGCCGGAGAAGGAUCUGAUCGUGUCGAUGAAGGAGCAGCUGGACGUGUUCCUGUCGGAAGAAACGCAACCGUUCCUGGACCGGCUGUUCCGGGUGAUCAAGAGCGAGGAGUAUCUGAAGUGUGCGCCGGCCCCGGCAGUCCCAUCCGCUCCGGCUGUGGUGAGCAACGGUGCGACGGUCGGCGCUGUGCCAUCGUCCACUACCAGCAGCAGUAGCACCGCCCAAGCACAGGCGGCUUCCACGACACCCGCCGGCGCUUCCACGAACCACCAUCACGCCGAGGAGGUGACCAGCAGCUCCCGGACGACGAUUAAGCGCGAGUUUACGCCACCGCUGCAGGAGUCGUCGUCGUCCGGCACGGGGGGGCGAUCGUCGAAAGCGGUCGCCAGCUCGGCCGGCUCCAACUAUUCGUCCGGCUCGUCGGCAGCUGGCAGUGGUGGAGUGACGGCUACCAGCGGCUCGAUCACGUCGGAACGAUCCACCUCCUCGUCCCAUCAUUACCAUCAUCAUCACAGUGGCGGUGGUGGCACCAGUGAGCGGUCGGAGAAGGGACGCGGCAGCGAAACGACCUCUUCCAGCGGCGCACCAUCCGUUAGCAGCAGUAGCGGAGGAGCAGGAACGCUUGGUGGCGGUGCCAGCAGCCAAAAGUCUUCUUCCACCCACCAUCAGCAGCACUCGCCCAUCAAAGGAUCCGGCAAGGAUGAUCAUGGCAAAGAGAGCAGCAGCAGCAACAACACCCGCCGAAGCCGCCGGACGCAGAAUCGAUCGCGCAGCCGCUCCCGGUCCCGGUCGCGAUCGUUCGAGCGGCCGCGAGAUACGCGUCGAUCCCGCUCGCGCGAACUGCAGCAGCGUCCUCGGGGUGGUGGUGCUGGAGGUGGCAGCCUCGGUGGCAGCGGUAAUGAUUCAAAGUCCAGCGGAAGCCGUUCGUCCUCGUACCGCAACAAGUCGCCGCUCCGUGGAAGCGAUUCGUUCCGUCGGUACGAGCGGAAGGGGUACAGUGAUCGGCGUAACAGCGGUCCGAAUGCCAGUGGCACGAUGGCAGGAUCGGGCGCCGGCACGAAUGCAGCAUCGUCGGGAGGCGGUGGUAGCAGCGGCGGCGGCAACGGUGUAGGCAGCAGCCGCUCGCAAAGGAUCCGUUCGCACUCGCGCAGCCGUUCGCCGUCCCCGAACUCGGACCGUCGAAAGAUGGCCCGCUCGAUGACGCCGGUCCGUCAGGCGGCGGUAGCAGCAGCCCGAGCGGUGGGUGGUGCUUUGGUGGCGGGUGACACGGUGGCAUCGGCCGGUGGCGGCAUGGUGGUGGAUGGAGCGGCCGUAGUCAAUCCGGUAUCGGCGCUGGUUGGACCGCCCGGCGUUACGGGCGGUGUGCCGAUCAUUCCCGUCGGCGGGGUGGUACCGACGGUCGCACCCGUACCGCCACCGUCCGUCGGAGCGCUCGAUCGCGUGCUGAAUGCGGCGGCGGGCGAGGGAGGAGCAGCAACGGCCGUCCCGCUGGGCGGUGGAGGAGGUUCGGUGAAGCGUCAGCGGUGCCGCGACUUCGACGAGAAAGGGUACUGCAUGCGCGGCGAAACCUGCCCCUGGGAUCACGGGGCCGAUCCGCUCGUGCUGGAAGGUCUGAACAAUCCGGCCAUGAUUGCACAGAUCCGCGGCCCGAUUGCGGCCGAGUACAGUCCGGAUUCGCCCGCCCUGUGGAACAAACACCCGAACGUGCAGCAGGGACCACCGGGGAUGGGUGGAGGCGCCGGCGGCGGCGGCGGCGUGGCGACCGGUAUACGACCCGCGCUGGCCCAGCGCCUCGGCGGCGGAGGAUUUGGACCCCGCGGAGGACCGGGACCGGGUGGUAUGGGUGUACAGUUCCGUGGCGUGUCGCCCGGCUUCCCGAUGCAGGGCGGUGGUGGCUUCGCGGGCAAUCCGAUCGGUGCGACGCCGCUGCAGCGCGAACUGAUCUCCGUACCGGUGGUGGACGCGAACAAGGGCGGAGAUGUGUCGGCCGACCAUCGCAGCAAUCGGUUCGAGCCGGAGGAUGCGGUCGCCAUCGCGGACGCAGGGCCCAUGAUGAUGGGCGGUGGCGGCAAGCGCAAGAUGCCGAUGCACAACCGGCACGGACCUAGGCCGGGCGGGGGACACGGUGGCGGCCCGGGCGGCCCCGGCUCGAUGCAGAUGAUGAAUACGCAGCACAACUGCUCGCUGGAGCUGCGCAAGAUUCCGCGCGGGCUGAACGAGAUAUCGCACCUGAACGAUCACUUUUCGAAGUUCGGGAAGAUUACCAACAUUCAGAUCCGGUACGAUAACGAUCCGGAGGCGGCAAUUGUGACGUUUUCGUCGCACGCGGAAGCGAACGUCGCGUACCGGAGUACCGAGGCCGUGCUGAACAAUCGGUUUAUUAAGGUGUUUUGGCACACGCCACCGGCGGGCGGUGAUCAGCCGGCCAUCACGGCGUCGGCAAAGACGGAACACUCGCUGCGGAGGACGUACCCGAACCAGUACAGCAUCAACAACAAUCUAAGCUCGGCGGGUGCGACCGGCACGACACAGACCGGCCCGAUCGUGGCAGGCGGCAAAACGCUCCAAGCGAAGGACGACGCGAAUCCGUUGGCAAACGGGAACGAGAAUCUCGCACCGCAGCAGCAGCAGCAGCAGCCCGGUGGCCCGAAAGCACACGGUGGCAAUAACGCGAACAAGUACAUCAGCCCCGGUAUGGGCGCGCCGUUGCAGGGUGGUAACGCCGGCGGCAACAAAGGGGCCCGUGCGCAGAACGAAAUACUGCGCAAGCGGCAGGAACAGUUCACCAAGGGCAUCAACGAGCGGAAGGUAUUCCUGAUGGACGGGUACCUGAAGGAGCAGCGCAAGCUGCUGGAGCUGAUCGUGACGUACGAGGUGAGCGAUCCGCGCCGACCCCAGCUGAAGGAGUCGCUCGACGAGCUGCAGGUGAAGAUCAACAAUCUGCGCAAGGAGAUCGAGCAGGACCACCAGCUGCUGAAGGCGAAUACGGCGCGCGGCCCCGGACCCCACGGCCCGAAGCACAAGACGAAGGAGCAGCACGACAAGGAGAUGCUGGACGCGGAGCUGGAGCAGAUUGCGCAGGAAACCCGCACGUUCCGCACGCCGGACGGUCCGGCGGCGGCGGCGGCGGCGGCAACGAUCGCGCCCGGCCAGAAGGGACCGUACGGCGGUGGUGGGCGCAAGGGCGGUCCCGUUGGGCGGGUAGCACCGCCCGGCUCGACCAGCGUCGAUCGCCGCCCAACGACCAUCCUGAUCACCGGGUUCGUCGAGGAGGAGGCGGACUCGCUGCUGGACCAUUUCAAGCAGUUCGGCGAGGUGACAAAGCACCAGCUCGACAAGGCGGAACCGUCGCUGACGAUCGGGUUCAGCACGCGACCGGUGGCGGAGAAGGCACUCGCGCGCGGUAAGCUAUUUAACAAGAAAACGCUCACGAUAGUGUGGCAGACGACGGUGGCUGCAGCGGCACCGGGACCGGCGGCGGCGGCGGCAUCACUGGCCGGCGCAUCGGCUGGUGGAGCGGGCAUGACGGCGACAACCGCCGACUCGGGUAAGGAGCAGGGCGGCCGGGGCGACGGCAAUCCGCUCGUCCAUUCUAGCAGUGGCAGCAGCGACGGUGGGGACGGUGCGUCCCUGAAGCAGCACGACAGUGACGGUGCGGAUCGGAUGGGGCUCGGCAGCGGGGGCAGUGCGGCCGACCAACUGCACUCCUCCUCGAUGGAAACGCUGACCGAGACGGACGAGCUGAUCGAGAUGCCGAUCAUGGUGGAGGAGGAGGAGGAAGAGGACGACAUUGAGCCGGAACGUUCCUGGCGCCGUUAAGGGGCAGCGAGAAAAUCGACACCUACCUACCAGGCGUGAAGAUGGAAAUGUAACUUUCCAUUCGGUUAGGGCUUUUCGUUCCCGUUUUCGAUAGGAAUUAGCAGAGUGUGCGUGUGCCGUGCCGCGUGUUGCGUGUGUGAAACCCCCCGCUUUUUUAAAAUGCUAAAAUCCACUACCUUACAAUCGUCGUUAACUUCGUUCAUUUUUAGAUUGAAGCGUUUAUUUUGUUAUUAUAUUAAUUGGACGAUAAUUAAUGCUCUUUCAAUGCUUGGGCGUGUUUCUUUGUGGUUUGUUAGAGUGGCCAAGUCUUUUUUUUUUUAGCAGUAGAAAGUGGGCGCAAGCGGUUACGAGGUAGGAAUAUGCAUAUGCUUUAUAACGCAUAACAGUGUGGGUUCUUUUGUUUGUUGGUUUGAAAUUGGCACAGGCAAGAGUGGCCGCCACACCCCACAGUCGAUUAGGAAAAUAGAUGAUUACUUUUAUUGUGUUUGUUUUAAUGAAAAUCAGUUGCUUUAUUUUGCGAUCUGCGCGAUCUCUCGGAUGUUUUAUCUUUUCCUUUUGGUUCGGAUUUAAGGCGCGGAUGAGGGAAACCAACCACCAUGCGUGUAGGCGCUUGAGAUUGUUAGCUGCACGUGUUUGGUUGUUUUAUGAUGAACGUAUCCAUACAGUAGCAGUACACUGCCGACUGUUGCAUUCUUCCUUUCGUCCUUUCUUUUUUUUUUAAAGCUAUGAUUUGUGAGCCAUUUUAAAUUGCGUUCGGCAGUUGUGCGCGCUGCGCACCGAACGUCAACCAAGCGUUUGCGCUGGUGUGCGCAAAACAAAAUAAUAUAACACACGAAUCAAUGUUGUCGUUAGAAGCUAUCGGAGUUGUGUUUAAAAAAAGUACGUGACAAAAAGAGCACUUGAAAGGCAAGAACUAGAUAGAAGUAGCUGUUGUGUGAUGUAAAGAAAACCUUCCCCAAUUUUUGUAAUUGGUUUAGCAGAGAGAACAGAAGCGAGUCAAAUGCGUCUGCGUUUUACUUUAGAGAGUCGAGUGAUUAAACCAAUCAAGCGAACGAUACCGAAUGAUGAUGCGGUUACAUUGUAAAGCAAUUGUAAGACCAACUGCGCCUCGUUUGCUUUUGUAUGUCGUCGCUCGAAUUACAAUACGAAACGAUUACUACACCAACUGGUUAAAAGGAAUAAGACGCAUCUCUUCAAGCAGCAGUUGUAAUCCUUCGUAUCGUGCGAUUUCGGGCGAUGAUCAUACUAACAAGUUAGUAGUGGCGCGAUUGGUCCUCGAAACGUAAGCGUACGAAUUGUAGUAGCUUUUAAGUAUAAGCCAAACGAAAAAAACAACAUUCUGGAUUUGGCAAAACACACGAAAAAAAUGAAAAGAAAGAAAGAAAAGAAUGAACUG